GUUGUGAUUUUUCUAGAACAAAAAAUAAUUGAAUUUCACAAUAAACCUUAUUUUAAGGAUCAGGAUUCAUAGCAGUGACUCGCACAAAUUGACGUUUUAUACAAUAAAUAUUUACAAUUAGAAAUUGUUUUUUGUUUCUUAUUUAUUAGUAAAUUGCUUGACGAACAAUAAAUAUUAAUUUUUUAUAAUGGCGAGUGAAACUCUGAAUAACCAGAUGCCUACGCCAAAAAUAAACCAUGAUUGGUAUCAAACAGAGGCUUUUGUUAUCGUGACGGUCCUCGCUAAAAAUACAAGUAAUGUCAAAACUCAAUUCGGCGAGACGACACUAAGUGUCAGCGCUAAAUUACCUUCUGGAAACGAGUAUAGUUUAGAAUUGGAUUUAGCUCAUGAAAUAGUACCAGAUCAGUGUUCAUACAAAGUGAUCCCCUCAAAAAUAGAGAUAAAAUUGAAGAAACGCGAUGGCCUUAGAUGGAAUUCCUUAGAAGGCAAUCCAGCGACUAAAGAAGCUAUAAAACCUAUACCUCAAGAAAUACUCCAAGCAAAUCAACCGCCAAAAUAUCCAAGCUCAAGCAAAAAAUCAAAAGAUUGGGAUAAAGUUGAGAAAGAAAUAGAGAAACAAGAGGCUGAAGAUAAACCAGAAGGUGAAGCUGCGCUUAAUUCUCUCUUCCAGCAAAUUUAUGGUACUGGAUCUGAUGAAGUUCGCAAGGCCAUGAAUAAGUCAUUUAUUGAAUCCGGUGGAACUGUCCUGAGCACAAACUGGUCCGAAGUAGGCAAAACUACCGUCGAAAAACGCCCACCAGAUGGCCUCGAAUGGAAGUCAUGGGAAUAAAUUACAUAAUUUGAUUUUUAAUCAACAAUCCUUUGCAUUUCGAGAAUAUUUCCUCUUAUCAUUGACUUACAAAUUUCUUGUAUUAUUUUGUACCAUACAUUCAAUGGGAUCUUUUCAACAAAACAAUAGUUUGAUUUGUAAAUAAAUAAUUUAAAUCAA